GUGCACGAGGCAGUCCCAUGCUACACUGAGUGCAAUCAGUAUUCUUGGGUAGUAGAACCGUGGUCUCCGUGCAAAAUCAACAGCGAACAAAAUUCCCUCCACUGUGGAGAAGGAAUACAAACGAGGAAAGUCAGGUGUGUGAGUACUGCUGAGGACCACGGCGGGGAGACUGUGCCCAGCGCACUGUGUGAUCAGGCUGAGAUCCCAGAUACGAUGCAGCCGUGUAGCCUGUACUGUCCCAGCGAGUGUGCAGUGUCUGACUGGGGACAGUGGAGCCAGUGUCCGCAGCUUGGCCUGGAGAAGCCGGUGCAGACGAGCAGUCGGUGCGUGGUGGGCUGCGCCGUGGACUGCCGGCUCUCAGCGUGGUCGGCCUGGUCGCAGUGCUCCCACACGUGUGGCGCCGGCGGCCAGAUGGUGCGUGGGCGCACGGUGGUCCUGCGGGCAGCGGGUGAGGGCAGACCCUGCCCGGAGCAGCUCACCCAGCACCGGAGCUGCCCGGUGAAGCCCUGCUACAGCUGGCGGCUGGGCCCGUGGUCUCCCUGCCAAGUCCAGGGUGGACAUUGUGGAGAUGGAUUGCAAGUCCGCAACCUCACGUGUGUCGUGCACGAUGCCUCUGUUUCUGCUAUAUCCAAACCCGUAGAAAAUGCGUUAUGUGGUGAGCUGCCAUCAAAAGAGAGUGCGCUGCAGUUACCGUGCUCUGUGCCUUGCCCAGGUGACUGCCACCUGACGGAGUGGUCCGAGUGGAGCUCCUGCGAGCUCACCUGCAUCAAUGGCAGGAGCUUCGAGACAACGGGUCGCCAGUCCCGAUCCAGGGCAUUUGUCAUUCAGUCUCCUGAGAACCAGGAGAGCUGCUCCGGACAAGCAAUGGAAACGCGGCCUUGCUCAGGAGGGAAGUGUUACAACUACCUGUGGAAAACCAGCCUUUGGCAGGACAACGUACGCACGGUGUGGUGCCAGCGCUCAGAUGGAGUAAAUGUCACAGGAGGGUGUGCUCCUCAGAUGAAGCCUGCAGAAGUUCGGCACUGCAGCCCAGCGUGCAGAAAGCCCUUCUCCUACUGCACACAGAGAGGAGUCUGCGGUUGUGAGCGAGGAUAUACGGAAAUAAUGAGAUCAAAUGGUUUGCUGGAUUACUGCAUGAAGGUACCAGGUUUAGAAGAUAAGAAAGCUGAUGUUAAGACCAUUGCUGGAAAAAAUAAACCUGUCAACUCAAAAAUGCAUGACAUUUUCAAAGGAUGGUCUAUUCAACCUUUUAAUCCAGAUGGGAAACUGAAGAUGUGGGUAUACGGAGUAUCAGCUGGUGGGUUCUUCAUCAUAGUUCUCCUGAUUUUUACAUCCUACCUGAUGUGCAAAAAAACAAAGCAGCAUCAAAGCACUCCUCCGCAGCAGAAGCCUCUAACCUUAGCCUACGAUGGAGACAUUGAUAUGUAA